UCUAUAUCUCUCCAACUCUCUCUCUCUCUUUCUCUCUCUCUCUCUCCACUUUACCUUUCUCUUCCUCUCUCUGCUCCUCUUCGAGCCCUAACGUUGACCACGAGAUCAUCAGAAAUCUCUGUUAAAUCUUCAAUUCUCUUCGCCAAACAACGCAUCACAGUUCGCAAGCUCAGGAUCUGUUCAUUUCAACUCUUAAUUUCACUAAUUCAAGAUCUGAUUGAAUUAAGAGGAUCAAUCAUUUUGUUCCCCCAAAAUUGAUUCUUUUGUUGCGAGUAAACGUCAAUGUUGUCAAAAAGCGAUUCGAUUCAGAUUCGAGAGGUUUGGAAUGACAAUCUCGAAGAAGAAUUUGCUCUGAUCCGGGAAGUUGUCGAUGAUUUCCCGUAUAUUGCAAUGGACACGGAGUUUCCUGGUGUUGUUCUUCGACCAGUGGGAAAUUUUAAGAACAUCAAUGACUAUAACUAUCAGACUCUGAAGGAUAACGUUGAUAUGUUGAAGUUAAUUCAGUUGGGGCUCACAUUUUCAGAUGAAAAUGGAAACUUGCCUACUUGUGGGACUGAUGGGUAUUGCAUUUGGCAGUUUAAUUUUCGCGAAUUCAAUGUCAGUGAAGACAUUUUCGCAAAUGACUCGAUUGAGUUGUUGCGGCAAUGUGGUAUUGAUUUUAAGAAGAACAGUGAGAUGGGUAUUGAUGCUAACCGGUUUGGCGAGCUUUUGAUGUCAUCUGGGAUUGUUUUGAAUGAUGGCGUGCACUGGGUGACAUUUCAUAGUGGGUAUGAUUUUGGGUACUUGCUUAAGCUAUUGACUUGCCAGAAUUUACCUGAUUCUCAAGCGGCGUUCUUUGAUUUGAUCUAUCUGUAUUUCCCAGUGGUGUAUGAUAUCAAGCAUUUGAUGAAGUUUUGUAACAGUCUUCAUGGUGGAUUGAGCAAGCUUGCAGAGCUGUUGGAAGUGGAAAGGAUUGGUAUUUGUCAUCAAGCAGGUUCAGAUAGUUUGCUUACUUCUUGCACAUUUAAGAAGUUGAAAGACAGCUUCUUUAAUGGUUCGGCGGAGAAAUAUGCCGGUGUUCUUUACGGUCUUGGUGUUGAGAAUGCAUCUGAUAAUAAAUAAUUGGGGAACAGUUAUGUAUGUUCGAUUGGCAUGAAACUCCCAUUUCCAUCUGUACACAAUUGGCAAAAAGUUGUCGCUUAUGAAUUUUUCCUUGAUUGUUUUUCCCUUUUUCUGAUCUUCUGUAACUGAUCCCAUAGAUGGGCGUUGUAGUUUGAGUACUGUAAAUUAUUACAGUUAGUGUUUCAAUAAUAGUUUUAACCCUUCACAA